AUGCAAGAGUUUCAGGUUGGAAAGACGCUAGCAAUAGCGCCAAUUACAUUCUAUGCGAUGGGUUUUAUUGUUAGACCGAUGUGCACGUCGGCCUUAUCAGAGGAGUUUGGACGACAGUACAUCUACAAAGCCUCCCUACUUCUUCAUCUUGUUUUCACAGUCGUUGCGGCUUCUGCGAGGGAUUUUCGAACAAUCGCUGUGGGCCGCGCUGUGUCAGGUCUUGUUGGCUCUCCCGCUGCAACAAAAAUACCCGAAGACAAGCUCGCAGUCCCUCUUUUCCUUUUGUAUGGUCUAGGAGGAGCCGCCGCACCAGAGAUUGGCCCCGUCAUCGGCGAGUCCAUUGUUGCUUCUUACGGCUGGCGAUCGACUUUUUGGCUUACAGCAAUACUUGUUGGUAUAUGCCUCCUGGCCAUGUCGUUCGUACCUGAGACCUAUGAGCCUGAAAUCAGACGGAAGAUGCUAAACCUGCCGCAUGAGAAUUGGCGCAAGACUCUUGGACCAGCCUUUGUUCGACCUUUCCGCAUACUAAUCGCGGAGCCCAUCAUCUUCCCUACGACUCUGAUAGUUACUAUGAGCCAAGUCGUAAUUUUCAUUCUUUAUGAUGGCUUUCCGAUCAUUCUCCAGGAGAAUUAUGGAUUCUCUACUUACCAGGUCGGCCUGGCAUUCCUGUCGCUAUUGCUCGGCACAUUGCUCACUGCACCAACUCUCGCGUUCCUGAAUCGUCGUAAACGUCCGGUUGUCGACACAGUUCCCGAGGACAGUCUUGACGGAGCAAUGGUUGCAGCUAUAAUUUUCCCGACGAGCUUGUUCUGGUAG